CCUUCGCAGCUUUCUCACUGAUUGGCACGCUGCGCCGCCGCGCGAGAAGAGCCAGGCGCAGCACGCGGUAGGGGAUUGGCGGAGCGAGCUGCCGCUCCGCCUUGGCCGCGCCCCCCGCCGGGCGGGCAGCAGACAGCUCCGCCCUCGCCGCCGAGCCGUGUGUCCGGGCCUCGCCGUGUCGGGAUGAGCCGCGCUUCCCCAUGGAGACCAAACGGGCCGAGAUCCCCAGCAGCGUCCUGGACGACCUAUGCAGCCGAUUUAUUUUGCACAUUCCAAGUGAAGAGAGAGACAAUGCAAUCAGAGUGUGUUUUCAGAUUGAACUUGCCCAUUGGUUUUACUUGGAUUUCUACAUGCAAAACACACCAGGAUUACCUCAGUGUGGGAUAAGGGACUUUGCAAAAGCUGUCUUCAAUCACUGCCCUUUUUUACUGCCUCAAGGUGAAGAUGUGCAAAAGGUUUUAGAUGAGUGGAAGGAAUAUAAAAUGGGAGUGCCAACUUACGGUGCAAUUAUUCUCGAUGAGACACUUGAAAAUGUUCUUUUGGUUCAGGGCUAUUUAGCAAAAUCUGGUUGGGGAUUUCCUAAAGGAAAAGUAAAUAAAGAAGAGGCUCCUCAUGAUUGUGCUGCUAGAGAGGUGUUUGAGGAAACUGGAUUUGACAUAAAAGAUUAUAUCUGUAAAGAAGAAUACAUCGAGCUGCGAAUUAACGACCAGCUAGCACGACUGUACAUCAUUCCAGGAGUUCCCAAGAACACAAAAUUCAAUCCCAAAACUAGAAGGGAAAUUCGGAACAUUGAGUGGUUUUCCAUCGAUAAAUUACCAUGCCACAGAAAUGACAUGACCCCCAAGUCCAAGCUAGGUUUGGCACCUAACAAAUUUUUUAUGGCCAUUCCUUUUAUCAGGCCAUUGAGGGAAUGGAUUUCCCGAAGGAAUGGAGGAGAUUCCUCAGAUAGUGACAGAUUUUCACCUACAGGGAGCACACCCUCUAAGCCCAACUUGGAAAAAGCUAGAUCCAGACUUCGUAGUAGUCAACAGCUGUUCACAGAUGGCUGUACAGGAGAGCAGUGGAUGAAGCAAAAGCAGCAACAAAAGCCAUGUAAUCAUCCUGAGAUGUCUGAAGUGUUAAAAACAAAGAGUCAGAGCUUGAAGGGCAAUGGCAGAAAGCAGAAUCAAGACACUCCUGCCCAAAAGAAGAGAAAUGGAGUCCACAGUCAACCAGCUAAGCAAAACCAUGCCUUGAAAUGUGAAAAAAAGCUUAAUCCAAGAAAACUUCAAGAUAAUUUUGAAACAGCAGAUGCAGCGUAUGAGAUCUGCUGUUCUGGUGAAGAUCUGCUGCAGGAGCAUGUAGAGGGGCACUCUGUGGCAUGCAAUGGCAAUUACAAAUUUGCUUUCUCAUCUAGAGCUUUCUUGAGUUUCAAAUUUGACCACAAUGCCAUAAUGAAAUGUUUUGACCUCUGACAGCAAAUCUUUUACGAACAAAGUUCAGACUUGCCUGUUGCAAUUGAGGGGGUUUCUUAUCUAGCCUUACUCUUUCUCAGGAGUUUUUUAAUUACUGUUGUUGAAUUUUUGUUGUUGUUCAUUUGUUUUUAAAUGCAGUGCAGGGACUGACUGGUGGUUUGGAAGGGUUUGUUCUCUUUGCAGUUUCAGAGUGGCAUAGUCAAGUGUUGCACUUUAAAUGCAGUAUAGCCUUUGUCCACAAAAGUACCUUUCCAACCCUCAGUUUACUUGUUCCUAGCCAUGCAUUAAAGGGCAUUCUUUUUCCUCAUUUUUUGUGUUUUUUUCAGAUUGACAUUGACUUUUUUUUUUUGUACUGCUGGAGUAUACCAGCUAGUUAGACUUCUAACUGCUCUGAUGUAAAUUAUUGGACUUGUUAGUCAUUAUUUUAUAGUGCAUUGCAAUAUUAUGGCAGCGGCAAUGAAACUGGUUCUCAGAGGAUUCCUCUGUCCUGGUAAUUUUUAAACCGGAAGUUGCACAUUUCAAACCUUGCCUCAGCCUAUUAUCCUUUCUUUUUCCUGAUUGUUUGCCCGCUGUAUCUUCCCUCCUUCACACUGAAAAUGAACUUCUGAUGGCUGGCAAUCAGUAGUACAUGGGUCAAGUUAUAGCAAUUUGACUUCUCAGGUACCUACUCUGCCACUGUUUCUGGCAAGGAUAUGCAGACUAGGUAGAACUUAGCCUUGAGAGUGUCUAACUUCACCUCUUACCCAGGUGGGAACAGCACAUAAAAAGAAAAUUUUCAAAAAAAGAAAAUCUCAAACUAGCUUGUGGGAGGUUUCUUAUGUAGAAUUUAUACUGAAUGUAAAUAAGCCUCUACAUCUUGCCAGGAGGAAAGAAGGUGCAUGGAUAAUAGAAUCAUUGUGUGACACUAAAUGACUUAAUCAGGCUUGCAAUAACUAUUCUAAGGAUGUCCAGUAUAGUAUUCCGUGCUGUUGUCGUCAGUUCUUCCCUUUAGUUUAUGCUCUGUAUAUGUAUAUAUAUACAUAUAUGUAGUAGUACUGAAUUGCACUUGCAGUUAGCAUUUUAAUGAUGUAGCCUCAGUCAUUUUCAGCUACAACAUUUUCUUAGUAAUAAUAUCAAAUGUACAAAGAAAAAAAAGCAGUAAUAGUUGAGGUGAUGAACUGUUAAGUGUUAAAUCACUCUGAUUCAUGUUAGUGAUUUGAACACAAGCUUUGCAGUUCAGAGAAACACACUGAACUUAUUUGAUACAGCAGCUUGUGUUAUCAGGAAUAUUGUCCCAGAUUUAAAAAUGGACUUCCAUCUAAAAUUAACUUGUGUGAUUAGUAACUUCCACGCUGAAUGAACUAGGCCCUCUUCUCUCAUUCAGAGUGUAUGGUCAUGCACUGCGUCUUUAUGCAACUCAUAUGGCAUCCAAAAACACAAUCCUUGUCUUCCUUUAACUACCCUGCUUCCUUUAUUACCUAGUGUUUUUCCUCAGAAAUAGCUUUAGAAUUUGGCUUGUUUAAUCUUCCUAAGGCCAGGUGAUUUGGGACUCCAGUGCUCUAACACUUCUGGCAACAAAAAUUGUGGAUUUUUCUAUAGGUUAACAGGAGAAACAGACUACAGCAUUUCUUCCUUCUGGAGGACAAGAGUCCUGAGGGCCUUGUUUUUCAAGACCAAAUCAUGAAAUAACUCAAUCUAGCUUUGUCUCACCUUGUUUAAAAAUAAAUAAAUAAAUGCAAAGGCUGUCCAAAACAUUAAGUUGAAAAGUACAGUAAGUGAAAAGGUGGGAUAACGCUGGAGAUUACUCAGCUUCAGGUAAAAGUAAUCCUUAGUUAUGUUUCUAAUGCAAGUAGUUGAUUUCCCAGCAAAAGUGCCUUUACUCAUGGUGAGGCAGAAGUGUAUAUUCAUAUCUGGAGGCUGCUACUGCCUGUGGAGUUAGCAAAACUCUCUUAGGGCAUGAUUCAGUAUCAGGCUGUGGAAAUCUGUAAGAUGUAGGUUGAUAUUUUUAAAAAGUUAUAUUUCAUGUAGUGCUCUGUGAAAUAAGGGGAAUGUUGAUGAAACCAUAAAUUUGGAACUUCUGUCACAGACAGAGGAAGUCUUUAAAAUGAAGCGUGUCCUAUGAAUAGGAGUUGCUGGGUGCUUUCUCUUCACUGGAUCAUUUUUUUUGUUCCUAGUGAAAGCCUGGCUCAGUGUAAGAGAGGCUGAUUGCUUCAUUAAGCAGCCCAAAGUGGGGCUUACACACAUUAAUGAUUUUAGUAAAUCUAGCCUUAAUGUGAGUUGCAAAUAAAUGUGAUAAAUAUGCAAUAACUUUUACUUCUUUGUAUAAGGGUACUGUUCCUUGUAGUAUUAUUGCUUUCUGCUUCCUAAGUAAGGUUGCUAAAACCUGAGUGUGGUGGCAUGUGACCUAUGGUUUCCAUCAUGCCCUGCACUGUGAGCAUUUUGGAUUGUUUACUAUUAGUUCAUGUUCUUAUUUCACCAUCAUUUUAUAGUUAAAUGUAUUUCCAAGUUUAGAAGUAUACAGUUUACAUUCUUUUCUGUAAAACAGUGAAGAAAUAACAAGUGAGAGAUUUUAAUUCUGUUUUUAUUUUUGGGAGCUAGACACAGGAAGAUAAGUAACUGCAUGCCAGACUGAAGAGGUGAUGUCAGGAUGCUUGAUAAAGUAAGCCAGAAUGUUCCCCUGGAAGAGGGGUCAUUCAGAGUAUGAAAGGUCACUCAGUUUUCUUGAAAUCGAAGAAGGUAUGGAAUGUCCAAAUUAUAACAUAAAAACAACAGAUGUUUGGGUACUAGGAACCUACUACUGCUUUGCUAUUUCUGGUACCACAUAAAUUCUGUCUUGGUGGAGUUUUAUGGCAUCUAUCCACCAUGCAGAAUGCCUUGAAGAUUGACUGAAGAGUGAUCUGCCAAAUGGAAUUAAGGAUGUUCUGUACUGUUGCAUUAACUCCUUGAUGUACAAGCAUGCUUCUGAAAAUACCUGUGUCUGGCGUAGUUUGAAGUCAGAAAACGGUGGUAUUGAGAAAAGGGGAUAUAGCUUUAUUUACUGCACAAUCAAGGCUUUUUAAUUUUUUUUUUUUACACUUAAUUUUAGACCAAACCUGCGUAAGUAGUUUGUGACACAAUUUUGGGCCUAGUUCUUUUACCGGGCUUCCAGUGCUGUGCUCCAAUCUUCCAGAUCUAGUUUAGUGAACUGAGAACAAUGCUGAUUGUGUUUUGCCUUCACCUACUUGAGGCUGUUGUUUACGUAGCAGUUACAUUUAUAAACAAGGCAGACUUUGAGUCUGGCUAUUCUAAUAGACUUGCUCUCAGAUUGAGCACUGUUUUCCAACUCUUUGUGUUUAUUGAUUUGCAGUGUAUGCCUGCACUCAUACCAUUCUAGUAUGACAAGCAAGAGUCUGCAUUUAGAAUCCAAGCUGUAAUGUCCUGGGGGUACAGAUGGCACUGCUGCUCCAUAGGUGACAUAGGUUAACUGUCAACUUUUUUUUUUAAAAAAAGAAAUUCUAAGCAACAGAUUUUUUCAGAGAUAAAAAUCACGUGCCUUCAGAUUUUAAAUUAAGAAGUUACAUUCUGAGAACUUAGUAGAAUAGCCUCCCUUGUUGAUUGAAAAGCAGAUUAUUCACAGAAAAUUGAGCUUGCACUGUAAAUGUUGAAGAAUCUGGUGCUUACAUGUGACUUCAUAUAAAUUUCAGCUUGUUUUUGUUAUUAAAAUAUUUCAGCUUUUGAAGCAACCAAAAUAAUUUAUGAGGUAAAUUUCUACUAACUGAAGGUGCUUCUACAGUACAUUAGGCUUGGAAAUGUCUACUCUUGCAUAACAGAUUUUUGUUCUAAUGUGUUUAUAGCUAUAGUCUAGUUCAAGAAUGAAAGAAGUGGGUGAAGUAUGAGUAUCAGCACUGUUCUUAAUACUGUACAUAUGCACUGAUAGAUGCAGUAGGAUUUGUGCUGUGUGUGCAUUUAACUGUUUCAAGUAGGUUGUGAACUUACAAGCAAGACGAUGUAGCAAUUACAUUGGCCACGUUCAAAAUCAUACAAGAUAAAAUUACUUGGAUUAGUAGGAGUACAUUAAAAUCCAAUGCUUGGGUUCUAACCUGUCUUUUCAUUAAAAGUGCAAGGUUAAAAUAGACCAACUUACAGAUUCCAAUUUACUGGAACACUUACCUUUAAAUAGUUCUCAGCUGUGGAAUACUUCUUGGAAGAAAAUGUGUCUUCAUCUGUCAAAGUUGGGGGAGGGGGAGAAACAAGUAUACUUUUUUUUUUUUUCCACAGGGUACAAAAUGUUUAAAAUUUAGUAGGUCCACCCUGAACUUUAUAGAAAAUACUUGAUCAGAAGAACUAACUUGCAAUUUGUUUCUGUUAUGGGUUAUACUUCAGUGCCCUGAAGAAGAUAACUACAUCCCAUCAGGUGCUGAUUUUAAAACAGGCAUCCACAGCUUUUUAAGAACACAGCACCUACAAACUCAGUUCUCUACAACACACUUUUCACUGAUAAAAGUUUACUUGCAACUUUUUCUAAGCACGUUUGAAAUUAAGCUGGGGAGGCAAACCAUUUAUUCUUACUGUUUGGGUGCAUAUUUCUGUUAUACAGGAAGAGUUUGUAAAAUUCAUGAUUUAACAGCUCUCAGUAAACACUUCUCAAGCCAAUACUUAAGACAGGAUCCUUAAGGAAUUUUACCAUGUCUGCCUGGCACUGCAGUAUGUGGAAGCAGUACUUCAGCCUUGAGGACCCGUCCAUCCAGGUUUGCAAGAAACUUUAACAUAUGGAAAACAAACAAACAACAAACAAAAAAAGAAACCACAAAAAAGAAGCCAAGACAAACAAGCCUGCAAAAAUAAAAAACCCCAACAGCAACAACAACGGAAAGAAGAAAAGAGACCCCACAGAGGAAGGUGGGGGUUUGUUCAUUAAUUCUGGCUUAAUGCUGAAUCCCUAUACAUGCACAAGGACUUGGACUGACUCAGAUAUUGCUGCCUAAAGAAAACUUUUCUGUGCAGUGUUGCAUGCCUUGCAGCAAAAUAGAGAGCCCGUGUUUUAUUCUGUGGCUCAUGCAUGAUGGUUUAUGUCUUCCUUCUGUUUCUUUAAAGAAAGAAGUUAAAUCUGUUUUCCUCACUGGUAUGGAAGUGGCAUAUCAGUGCUAAGUAGAAAGUACUUACAGCUAGUUGUGGGUUGAACCUAUGUGAAGUUACAGAUUUUAUUCAAUUUCCAUUAUGUUAUCUUGAGGAGGGUUUGUAUUGGUCAGCUGUUUGAUUUUAGUAAAUAAAAUCUGUAACUAUCUGUAACAUCGGUUGUACUGAUGAUUGUGACUAUAAUUUUAUUCAUGGAUGUAGAAACUGAAGCACACAAUUUAAAAAGCAAUGACAAAAUUGACAUUUUCUUCU